CGAACCGUAUCCCGGUCCAACUCGAAUAUCAUCAUCUUGACUUCACCGUCCAUCCCCCCUCUCUCAGACGCCCCAAAAAACCCGCCGGCCGCCGAGCGCUAGCUGCUGAGACACAGACAGUGACAUCUUCAAUCUCUCGACUUCACUUUUUGCCACAGUGCUUCUACAUAGCCAGCAGAGAUGGAGACUACAAGUCAAGAGCUUCUGAAAUUAGAGAAUGAGAGUUUCUCUUCCUCAUUAAAAGAGUCCACCUUGUUUAUAUGUAAAGAAAAGGAUUCGGUCUCUAAAAGAAAGCGACCGCCUCCCAAUGGAAAGCCAUUAACGAGUUCAGUUCCUUCUAGCCAAGUUCUUGGAAAAGUGAGAGAUUUUCUGGGAGUCAUGUCUGAGGCUAAUAAAAAACUGCAGGUUGAAGUCAAGGACAAUCCCGAAAGAUAUGACAUUGAAGUUCUCAACGGGAAUGAGUCAGAAAUAAUAGAAAUGGACUUAAUGCUGGGGGUUGCCGAUCUUCAUACCCCUGAGGCAGUAGCUGCUGCAGAAUCUGCAGUUGCAAGUCAUCAUCCUCUGAAUCCCUUAGCUGCCAGCAUUGGUGAAAUGGAUUCAGAAGAUUCUACCAAUGACGAUGAUGAUGACAGCGAUGAUGGCAGUGAGGACAGUGAUGACGAUUGUGGUACUAGCCAAGCAGGCAUGCCCGUAAAGCACGGGAGAUCUGAAAAUGCCGAAGAAGAUUCGCAUGGAUUGAUAGGAAGGAAACGGUCAAGAAAGCAACCAAAAAAGAGGCCUGAGAUUGUCGAGUUGUCUUGAUUCUGUUUUGUAAUUGUGUCCAGUAAUAUGAGAAGUGCAAAGGCAGGAGUUUCUUAAUUCCUUUGCUUAGCGCUUGAAUGGAAAUUGAACCCAAGAGCAAUGUGUGAGGAAUUUUGUUGUUUGCUAGCAAUGUGUCAGGCAUAGAAUUCAUAUUGUUUGACUGGUGGUGAGACAGAUAUAAGGGAGGUAAUAGUGCAUCACAUUACAAGGAA